UUUGCUGGUGAUCCUUCUUACCUGGUAACUGUUCAUCGCAAAGUGACUCUAUAAGUCGUAGCCAUGUCUGCGCCAAUUUCCACUGUCGCGGAGACGAAAGAGCUCCGGGGUCUGGAUCUGAUUGCCGCCCAUUCCCAUAUCAGAGGCCUCGGUGUCGAUGCGGAUUCUUUACAACCACGACCCUCUUCCCAGGGCCUUGUGGGCCAGGAGAAGGCGCGAAAGGCUGCUGCGGUGAUUUUGCAAAUGGUCAAGGAAGGAAAGAUUGCAGGACGCGCUGUGUUGAUAGCAGGGCCCCCGAGUACCGGAAAAACCGCUAUCGCCAUGGGGAUGGCCCAGUCCCUCGGAUCGGAUGUUCCCUUUACUAUGCUCGCGUCGUCGGAAAUCUUUUCUAUGGAGAUGUCUAAGACGGAGGCCCUCACCCAGGCAUUCCGGAAAUCGAUUGGUGUGCGCAUCAAGGAGGAAAGCGAGAUUAUCGAGGGUGAAGUUGUGGAAAUCCAGAUUGAUCGAAGUGUGACGGGUGGUAACAAACAAGGGAAGCUCACAAUCAAAACCACCGAUAUGGAGACGAUCUACGAUAUGGGAACCAAGAUGAUCGAUUCGAUGACCAAGGAACGGGUUAUGGCCGGAGAUAUCAUAUCCAUCGACAAGUCUUCGGGCAAAAUCACCAAGUUAGGACGCUCCUACGCGCGUUCUCGAGACUACGAUGCGAUGGGGGCCGACACCAAAUUCGUUCAAUGCCCCGAGGGCGAACUGCAGGUUCGCAAAGAGAUCGUCCAUACCGUCAGCCUUCACGAGAUUGAUGUGAUCAACUCUCGCUCGCAAGGCUUCUUGGCUCUGUUCUCCGGUGACACGGGCGAAAUUCGGAGCGAGGUUCGAGACCAAAUCAACACCAAAGUCGCUGAAUGGAAGGAAGAGGGCAAGGCAGAGAUCAUUCCUGGUGUUCUGUUCAUUGAUGAAGUCCACAUGCUUGAUAUUGAGUGCUUCUCGUACGUCAACCGUGCCCUAGAGGCCGAGCUUGCUCCGAUCGUUAUCAUGGCCAGCAACCGUGGCAACGCUCGAAUCCGGGGGACAACAUACACUUCACCGCAUGGGUUGCCUCUUGACUUCCUCGACCGAGUGUUGAUUGUGAGUACGGACUUGUACUCUGCCGAUGAUAUCAGGCAAAUCCUGGCCAUUCGGGCUCAGGAGGAGGAGAUUGAUCUCUCACCCGAUGCGCUUGCCCUUCUCACCAAGAUCGGCCAAGAAUCCAACCUCCGAUAUGCAAGCCACAUCAUCAUUACGUCGCAUCUCUUGAGCCAAAAGCGGAAGGCAAAGGAAGUCACUAUUGAUGACGUUCAGCGCAGCUACCAGCUUUUCUACGAUCCCGCUAGAAGCGUGAAAUUCGUGGGUGCGUAUGAGCAGCGCUUCAUUAACGACUCGGGGGCUGUGAGUUUCACUGCUGGUGCUGCUAAUGGUGAUGCUAUGGAGAUUUCAUAAGUGUUGUCUGCCGUAAACGAUACGACGGCUGGUGUUGGGAAGUUGGGAUAUUCUUUUAAACUCGCACAACAUGGAAAGGGAACAAGGCGAGAAAGGAUACUGGAGAAGUUUGCACUGGAAAGCUCCCCUCUCCUUUCGCUACCUUGUUUGUUGAUUCAUCAUUAAUGUACGGUUAUACUGGCGCUUUUUCUCGGCUCGUAUAUAUGGGCCUUCGAGGGUUGGGUCCGAAGUUAAAUCUUUCAAAAGAGCAUAGGCCUGAAUGAUAAUUACG